AAAACAAAACCCAUUUACUCGUCUUUGAUAAUUGAUAUGAAACAAAACGAACCCAUUUUAUAACUCUCCAGUCUCUACCCAAUACAAAUUCUUUUAACCAAUUAACUACCAGACCCAUAUAUCAUAUAUGAUAUAUAUCCCAACCAGUGAAGAUUGAACUCGGACAGGUCAUUCUUCCAUGGCAGAAACCAGUAGCAGUAGCAGGAGCAGCAGCAAUGGAUCACCAAUGACCAACAUAACCCAGGACCACCUCUUCGCAAUCCUCCUGCUCCUCCCCAUAGAUUCAAUUCUUUCCUUUGCCAUGACAUGCAAGAGAUUCAGGGCUCUCGCGUCCUCUGACGCUCUUUGGGAAUCCAUAUCCAGGAGGGACUGGGGUCCCAACUCCGUUGAUGCUCUCAAAAAGUCUUCCAAUCUUCUUUUUCAGCACCAACAGCAGCAGCUUCCAUGGAUGAGGCUCUACAAGCAUGUCUCUCAGCUUGAUUCUGUUUCUCUCCAUAAGCUUACUUACCCCGAUACUCACUUGGCGCUCCCACGCCCCAGAGCUUCUCACUCUCUCAACUUUGUGUCUGACUAUCUCGUCUUGUUUGGUGGUGGCUGUGAAGGAGGACGACAUCUAGAUGACACAUGGGUGGCUUAUAUUGGUAAAGACUUUCAGAAGAUUCUCAACUGGCAGAAGGUUAACUCAGGCAUUCCAAGUGGGAGAUUUGGGCAUACGUGUGUUGUAAUUUGUGAUUUCCUUGUUCUCUUUGGAGGAAUCAAUGACAACGGGAGCCGUCAAAAUGAUACAUGGGUGGGACAACUGACAUGCCAUGAGACCUUGGGCAUUUCAUUAUCAUGGAGGCUGCUCGAUGUGGGAUCCGUUGCACCACCCGCCCGCGGGGCCCAUGCUGCAUGUUCCAUUGAUAAUAGGUUGAUGCUUGUCCAUGGAGGGAUAGGCCUGAAUGGCCUCAGAAUGGGUGACACAUGGGUUCUAGAACUCACAGAAAAUUUUUGCUCCGGAGAAUGGCGUGAAAUUUUGACAUGUCCAUCACCUGCAGCUCGUUCAGGACACUCAUUGACUUGCAUUGAGGGUACCAAGAUAGUUUUAUUUGGAGGAAGAGGAUUGGGUUAUGAGGUGCUGAAUGAUGUUUGGGUCUUGGAUAUUUCUGAGAGUUAUCUGAAUUGGGUACAAAUACUAUACGAAUUACCAAAUAUACCUGAGGGAGUUUCCCUCCCACGAGUUGGUCACUCAGCUACAGUGAUUUUGGGAGGCCGGGUGCUGAUAUAUGGAGGGGAAGAUUCACAAAGACACAAGAGAGAUGAUUUCUGGGUGUUAGACAUUAGCGCAAACCCUUCCAUUACCGUGCAGCCAUCCACACUGAACUCUGCGAGAUUAUUGGCAAAAAUGUGGAAAAGGUUGAAGGCAAUUGGUCAUAAGCCUAAGUGUCGGUCAUUUCAUCGAGCCUGCACAGACGAUUCUGGGCGUUAUUUGUAUGUGUUUGGUGGAAUGGUAGAUUGCUUAGUUCAGCCAGCUGAAUCAACGGGGCUGGGGUUUGAUGGGGAGCUUUUUCUUGUGGAGCUUUUGCUUCAGCUGUAAAACGGAAAUAGAAGUUGAGGUGAUAAGGUAGUGUGUACUUUCUCAGAGGCCUAUUGUGCCCAGUGUUGUAUGUAUAUAGUAGCUGUCUUGUUCAUUAUCUUUUAUGAAUUGAUAUUAUCAGAUUAAGUGGCCCUUUGUCUAUUAUGUUGAAGCAAUGCUUUAGAGAGUUAGACACUGAACAUGGAAGAACCAAUUCAUGUAUUCCUUUGAACCGAUGCAGCAGCUUGUGUGGUUCUUCACAAACAUCUUUAGUUUGAUUUAAUCGUACACUUUUUGUUACAAAAUAUACCCUAUUUCCAGAA